UAAUUCCUACUCAUACUGAAAAAACACACGUGAUAGAUGUGUUCUCUAAUAAAAUUAUUUUAAAUUUCAGUCGAAUGCAAAAUUCCUGAGAUUUUAUUUUAAAUGAUUAUUCAUGAAUCAAAGAGAAUGAAGUAACGACUGCUGAGUGUCAGUAAUGGACCAAGCAAUGAAAUGAAAUGAACGAAAUGACAUCGAAUGAUAUGACAAACACAAAGAAAACGGGAUGGAUCCCUGAUUGGCGGCCAUCUCUAUUCUCCCUUCUUAUACAUUCCAUUCUUCUGCUGCGCUUAGUUUCAAACAGUUCCAGCAUUUCUGAACCAUCAAGAAUAUCUUCAGCUUUACAAGAAUCAAGAAUGCAACAGACAACACGCAACAAUCCCCUUGACCAAAAAGAUUAUUGUAAAAAGGCCCGAUGUCUAGAUGUGAGCAGCACAAAAGACUUAAGUCUGGAAAUUAUCAAUGACGUUGAUUUUGUGUUCGCUAGCAAUGGCAACUGUACAGUGCAAAAUCUUACAGUUUGGUUUCCUACUCUAUUGCACUGCAGCAUCGGCAGCAGCUGCAGUCACCUCAGCUUGAUUAGCAUGCAAGGCCCAGACUGGGACUGCUCGUGGGACGACUGGGACUGGUUGCUACAGUGGCCCGACUCGCAUCACCGAGUCAUCAAUCAGACAACUCUAACCUGCAAGAACGUGACGGAGGCCUGCAGUAAUACGGACAACCACUUCAACACGGGACUCAACUAUCAGAAGGCGUGCAUGGAAGGAGAGACUGCGUGUGCGCCGUGUCAGUGUACCUACAUGCAAGCGCUCGUCAACGUGACCGUGGACAGCACGAAACAAAACCUGCCCAGUAGCACGGAUACUGUCUCUUACGAGGAUGGAGAAGCGGUGUGUCCGUCCUACCUCGGUAUGCGCAAGCAGACUCUGGUCAUCCAGUCCACGGUCGACUGCUCGAAACGCAACCUCACCGACGACGACAUCCCUCGCAACUUGCCCCGCAACGCGGAUAUCCUCUCUUUCGAGGGCAACCAGCUGGUGACUGGAGAGACUCUGAUGAAACAAGCCGCCGACAUGCCUUACCUGAAGAUUAUUAACCUGAACGGCAACAAACUGACUUCCGUGCCAGAGAUCCAGCCUCAGCACAAGUCCAACAUCAAGUACAUCUCCCUCGACAACAACUCCAUCGAACAUCUCUUAGGCGAUGCGUUCAACAGCUACCUGAGCCGGAGCCGAGAUCUCAAAAUCAGCGUCAAGGGCAACCCGCUCAUCUGUGGCUGUCAAUUCUACAUCAUUGAUACGGAGCUGAGGAAGAUUGAUGGCAAGCUCAACGUAUUUCAGUUCGUCGCAGACUUCACGCGCGUUGAGUGCGAGGACGGACCGCUGCCGAAGCUCUACCCUGACGAGUCGUGUCCUGACCACCUUAAGGAUCAGCUUCAGGACUCGGAUGGCUUCCUUGACAUCAUCAUCGCCCUCUUGGCCAUCAUUAACUUAAUUUUUAUUGGGCUCGGCGUUGAUCUCCAGAUCUCAAUUAACAAACUGAAGCAAGGCUACAGCCAGCCUCGAGAGCCCUACAUCCACCAGCUGUACAUGUUCAUCUGUCGCUGCUGUCGAACGGUUCGUGGAGCUACAGUCAAAUCAAACCGAGCGCCAGGAAUGAUGAAUCCCUGCAGCGACUUCCUGCUUGACGCUAACUGCCUUGCUGCCAAGACUUGAAGUGCUGGAGUUGACUGCCACAAUGCAAGACUUGAAGUGCUGGAGUUGACUGCCACAAUGCAAGACUUGAGGUGCUGGAGUUGACUGCCACAAUGCAAGACUUGAAGUGCUGGAGUUGACUGCCACAAUGCAAGACUUGAAGUGCUGGAGUUGACGACCACCAGUGCAAGACUUAAAGUGCUGGAGUUGACUGCUACACUGCAGACUUAAAUUGCUGGAGUUGACUGCUACGCUGCAGCUGCUGCUGCAGUGCCACUGGGAUAGUGUGGAAAAGAGCAAGAGGUGGCACCGGUUCUCCACUUCACUGCAAUGACAGAAGUGCGUGAGUUGAUAGAUUCACCGCAAGAACGGCUUCAGUGCUAUUCUGGAAACAGAAAUUGAGACUAGUUCAAGCUUUAGAUAUUCGAGCUUGUCGACCAAUGGCUUGUUGCUUCAGCAAGAUUGAUGGUGAUGAGCCUGUAGCGAAUUCGGGCUGGUUAAUUGCUUCAUUUUCAAUGAAAUUAUAAGGGUGUUAUUUUUAUCGGGUAACUGCAAAUCGAAAUUGAUCUAAAAAAUCGAAAUUACCAUGCAAAGUAGAAUGUAGAGGAAAAUGGGCACAUGAAAUAAAUAAAUUUUGAAGCUAAAUUUUCUGCAUAUUAGCAUUCUGGUGACGACCCGCCAGUGAAAGGAUUAUUGUGUGCCAUCAGCUGCCAUUAUGAACCCUCACUGAAGUAACUCUAAUAUUUUUCAGAAAUAAGAUUUACUUAAUUUGAGCUCUAAGGAGAGAUACUGGCGAACCUUCAUUUAAAUUUCCGAAAUUUAUGGCUCGAAAUUUGGUCACUGCGUCUGCAAUCAACUGCAGUGUUUUCUGGGGUAAUGUUUCAAGGUAAUGAAUAUUAGUCAAGGAACUUUUUAUCAGUAUUAUGAGCGAUAUGUGAUACAAUUGUUUGAUAAUAAGAUAAUUAUUAGCAGAUUAUGUGCAUAAAAACUUACUACCUAUUUUCUCCCUAUGAUGAAGGAAAACUUUAGAAUUACGUCUUAGAAUGUUGCCGUAAUGUGUAGCAAAAUUAGACUUGCGCCUUUUUGUGAGCGUAAAAGUAUUUCUAUGAGAAAAUAUGAUUCUCAAUGGACAAUAAUAUUAUUAAUAGCACCUUAGGGGUCGUAGUGAACGCUUCGUUUCGGGUAAUAAGCCCGUGAUAUCACUAUAUAUGUUACGCCAAAUGGAAUGUCUUCCAUCAAUGAUUAUUGUCAUUACUUCAUGAAUAUUUAGUUAAUGAUGUUUAGUACAUCAGCUCUACAGACAAGCAAGACAUUUAAUUACCAAAUACAGAUGUUGUCUGUAUAUUUCUGGGCACAGAUAACGCGCUGUUCAGUUAGCGAGAAUACUGUGUUAAUGUUGUUAGCAAAUAAAACAUUGCUGCUGCUGUUAAAAAGGAAUAAAGUGUUGUUGCAGAUAUUUUAUCAGAAUGACAGUGUUGUUGCUUUAACUUAUUGAAUUAAUAGUUUGGUCGUUGUUAGUAACUAAAGGUAACUAUGUUGCUGUGUAAGUGAGUAAAGAUAAUAAAGUUGCCAUUAUUAGUUAGUAAAGUUACCUGCGCUCUCUAUAGUUUGUAGAUUAAAGGGGACAACCAUUUAAGAACAGUUUGGUGCUCUCACUGCUCCCAAUUGUAAUUUGUUUACGUUUAAAGAGAAAUGAGAGAAGACUUGCUUUUUACUUGUUUCCGUAUUAAGAGAAAUGAGAGAAGACUUGCGCUUUAUUUGUUUACGUUUUAAGAGAAAUGAGAGAAGACUUGCUCUUUAUUUGUUUACGCUUUAAGAGAUAUGAGAGAAGACUUGCUCUAUUUGUUUACGUUUUAAGAGAAAUGAGAGAAGACUUGCUCUUUAUUUGUUUACGUUUUAAGAGAAAUGAGAGAA